UCUUCAAAAGGCUCAAGCCACGGUCACCGUCACUGUCGUCGUGCUAGGGUUUCUCCAUUUCCGUUCAUUUCUCUUAUUUUCCAGAUGGUUUCAAUCAAGGCCUGCACCUAGAGGUUAUAGUUUUGAAGAUUGGUGGUUUUAGAUAUUUUGAUCGACAUCCAUGGCAUGGUUUAGGGCUGGUUCUAGUGCAGCAAAAUAUGCUAUUAGGAGGACAUUGUCUCAGGGUGGAUCACAUGCAACAAGAACACGUGUACUUCCAUCACAGAACAGAUAUUUCCAUACCACAGUGUUUAAGUCAAAGGCACAGACUGCUCCUGUCCCUCGUCCUGUACCUCUUUCUAAGCUAACUGAUAGCUUCUUGGAUGGAACCAGUAGUGUCUACUUAGAGGAGCUUCAAAGGGCUUGGGAAGCUGACCCCAAUAGUGUUGAUGAAUCAUGGGAUAAUUUCUUUAGGAAUUUUGUGGGUCAGGCUGCCACAUCCCCUGGAAUAUCCGGCCAGACAAUUCAGGAGAGUAUGCGCUUGCUGUUGCUUGUGAGGGCUUACCAGGUAAAUGGGCACAUGAAAGCAAAGUUGGAUCCCUUAAAUUUGGAGGUGAGAGAAAUCCCGGAUGAUUUGGAUCCAGCCCUCUAUGGUUUCACUGAAGCAGAUCUUGAUAGAGAAUUCUUUUUAGGUGUGUGGAGGAUGUCUGGGUUUUUAUCUGAAAACCGACCAGUGCAAACUCUUAGGUCUAUAUUGGCUCGGCUUGAGCAGGCUUACUGUGGAAGCAUUGGGUUUGAAUACAUGCACAUUGCUGAUCGUAAUAAGUGUAACUGGUUAAGAGAGAAGAUUGAAACCCCAACACCAAUGCAGUAUAGUCGGCAGCGGCGAGAGGUCAUUCUUGAUAGGCUCAUAUGGAGCACACAGUUUGAAAAUUUCUUGGCCAAUAAGUGGACAGCAGCCAAGAGGUUUGGGCUUGAAGGCGGGGAGACUCUGAUUCCUGGCAUGAAAGAGAUGUUUGAUCGGUCUGCAGACCUUGGGGUCGAGAGCAUUGUUAUUGGAAUGUCUCACAGAGGAAGAUUGAACAUGCUGGGUAAUGUUGUUCGAAAGCCACUCCGUCAAAUAUUUAGUGAGUUCAGUGGUGGUACAAAGCCUGUGGAUGAAGUUGGGCUCUAUACAGGAACUGGUGAUGUCAAAUAUCACCUGGGAACUUCUUAUGAUCGACCUACUAGAGGUGGAAGGAGAAUUCACUUGUCUUUAGUUGCAAAUCCAAGUCACUUGGAAGCAGUGGACCCAGUUGUUGUUGGAAAAACCAGAGCAAAGCAGUACUACUCCAAUGAUGUGGAUAGGACCAAGAACAUGGGGGUCUUGAUUCAUGGGGAUGGUAGCUUUGCUGGACAGGGUGUAGUCUAUGAAACUCUUCAUCUCAGUGCACUUCCGAACUAUACAACUGGUGGGACCAUACAUAUUGUUGUCAACAACCAGGUGGCCUUCACCACUGACCCAAGGGCAGGAAGAUCUUCUCAGUAUUGUACUGAUGUUGCCAAGGCCUUGGAUGCCCCAAUUUUCCAUGUGAAUGGAGAUGAUGUGGAGGCAGUUGUUCAUGCCUGUGAGCUCGCAGCAGAGUGGCGCCAAACCUUCCAUUCAGAUGUUGUGGUUGAUUUGGUCUGCUAUCGUCGAUUUGGUCACAAUGAGAUUGAUGAGCCAUCUUUCACGCAGCCCAAGAUGUACCAGAUCAUCCGAAAUCACCCCUCAUCUCUUCAGCUCUACCAGAAGAAACUGUUAGAUUCUGGGCAGGUUACACAGGAAGAUAUUGACAAGAUAAAUGAGAAGGUCAGUUCAAUUCUCAAUGAAGAGUUUGUGGCAAGCAAAGAUUAUGUUCCCAAAAAAAGGGAUUGGCUUUCUGCAUAUUGGGCUGGAUUUAAGUCACCUGAACAGAUUUCACGUGUCCGAAACACUGGGGUGAAACCUGAGAUAUUGAAGAAUGUUGGAAAAGCAAUCACGGUGUUUCCAGAGAAUUUUAAGCCUCAUAGAGCAGUGAAGAAAGUCUAUGAGCAGCGUGCACAAAUGAUUGAAACAGGAGAAGGCAUUGACUGGGCGGUUGGGGAGGCACUUGCUUUUGCUACAUUACUGGUAGAAGGUAACCAUGUUAGGCUGAGCGGUCAGGAUGUUGAAAGAGGUACAUUUAGUCAUAGACACUCUGUAGUUCAUGAUCAGGAAACUGGGGAGCAAUACUGCCCUCUGGAUCAUGUUAUCAUGAACCAAAAUGAGGAGAUGUUUACUGUAAGCAACAGCUCUCUUUCAGAGUUUGGUGUUCUUGGGUUUGAAUUGGGGUACUCAAUGGAAAAUCCAAACUCUUUGGUUCUCUGGGAAGCCCAAUUUGGUGACUUUUCUAAUGGAGCUCAGGUAAUGUUUGAUCAAUUUCUGAGCAGUGGAGAGUCAAAGUGGCUGCGUCAAACUGGUCUUGUUUUGCUGCUUCCUCAUGGUUAUGAUGGCCAAGGUCCUGAACAUUCAAGCGCACGCCUAGAGCGUUUCCUUCAGAUGAGUGAUGACAAUCCAUAUGUUAUCCCUGAGAUGGAUCCAACUCUACGUAAACAGAUUCAGGAGUGCAACUGGCAGGUUGUCAAUGUUACUACUCCUGCUAAUUACUUCCAUGUUUUGCGGCGUCAGAUACACAGGGAAUUCCGAAAGCCUCUCAUCGUGAUGUCCCCCAAAAACUUGCUUCGUCACAAGGACUGCAAAUCAAAUCUUUCUGAAUUUGAUGAUGUCCAAGGUCAUCCUGGUUUUGACAAACAGGGAACCAGAUUUAAGCGCCUCAUAAAGGAUCAGAAUUACCACUCUGAUCUUGAGGAGGGUAUCAGACGUUUGGUUCUUUGCUCUGGGAAGGUUUACUAUGAGCUUGAUGAAGAGCGAAAGAAGGUUGGGGCAAGUGAUGUUGCUAUAUGUCGUGUGGAACAGCUUUGCCCCUUCCCCUAUAAUCUCAUACAGCGAGAACUGAAACGAUAUCCAAAUGCGGAGAUUGUUUGGUGCCAGGAAGAACCAAUGAACAUGGGUGCAUACAGUUACAUUUCACCCCGGCUUUGCACUGCAAUGAAAGCACUGGGCAGAGGAUCCAUGGAAGACAUCAAAUACGUUGGUCGUGCUCCAUCUGCUGCAACAGCAACUGGUUUCUACCAGUUUCAUGUGAAGGAACAAACCGAGCUCGUACAGCAGGCCAUGCAACGUGAGCCUAUUGAGUAUCCUUAAUGAGCACUCAGCAAACCAAUCUUUAUUAUAGCAUACAAUUUUCACAAUAACAGGAUCUGAAACUCCAAGUUUUCCUGUUUGCGUUUACGGUUGAGGCGCCACUGUAAUCACGCACACAAAAGUUGAAUUGUUUACCUAGACUUUAUAUAUAUGCUUCAUUCUGAAGCAUUUUCAUCGCAUGUUGUUGUUUUCGCUCAAUCAAUGAACUCUAUGAUUAAUAGAUUUUCAAUUGAAUGAUGAAAUAAAAAAGUGACUCCCAG